AUGAGUUGCUGUUUCGCCUUCGACUUUGGUAAGUGCAGUUUCAAGCUGUCUAAGGGCUCUUCCUCUCAUAAGCUCGGUGCACCAACGUCUCCUUCUGUGGGGAAAAGAGGAGCUGAGGAGAAGAGUCCACCUGUGGUUUGCUUUCGGGAAAAGUUGAUUGAAUUUGUCCCAACUGCAGAGGCACUUGGUUUUGAGAAAACUCCUGCGACUGUCUCAGAUGCGAUGGCUAGAUUAGAACACUAUUCAGAUUUUAUUGACAAGGUAGGUGAAGAUGAACUUCGCCGCAUGCUAAUUGAUUUUCGGAGGAAAAGCAGCAACGUAAGCUACUCUGUGCGUUUUAACCAUCAUGCAGAGACUGCGCUAGCCUUUGCUACAUUGAGAGAGGAUGGCGAGCAUGAAUUCAUGCUUUUCCGAACAUCAAUUGCUGAUAGGCUUAUUACUAAAGCAGAGGUUGAUAAAAACAUGACUGAGGCAAGCGUUUUUUACUAUGGUUCAUUUAGUUUGAUAGAGGAGUCACCUUGGUCAACUCAUCUUGCUGCAAUGGACAUUGCUAACAAAUCAGGAUGCAUUCUCUCCUUUACCCCAACUCUACUAUUGCCUGGGUGGCUCUCAAAAAGUGCAACUAGUACUCCAAAGGCCAACAAUACUGUAUGGGACCAAGCUGAUGUUGUUACGAUGUGUUGGAGUGAAUUUACAUGGCUGGUUGCACCUGAUGUUCCAGGUGAUGAUCCACCUGAUGAUCCACCUGAUGACAAUCAGGUGCUAGAUAAACUUGGCCUCCCAAAUGUGAAGCUUUUGAUUCUGACUGAAGGGCCCGGAGUAUGCAGAUACUACACUAAGGAAUUCCACGGUAGUGUUCACGGUGGUAAUGUUUUGGCACAGUACUAUAGUGCAAAGAACGCUUUUGUUUGUAGCUUACUGAAGAGUUUGGCUUCAGACCCGAAUUUGUACAAGGAUGAAGAAAAAUUGAUGGAAGCUCUCAUUCUCGCAAAUAGCUGUGAGCCCUUCCCGAUGCCAGAGGUGAUUAGACCCCUGUUUCAUGGAACAAGCACUUCUGGAAGAGUACCUAGGUCUAGGUGA